GUUGAUACUGGACUUAUUAAUAUAGUGGCAAGAGACUGAAUUUUGUCUAGACGGCAUUUAUCACGUGGUUCAUUGGGCCUUGGGUGCACGUGAUUAUAAAUCGAUUAUUCAAUGUUGGAAUGUUGAUGUUAUGUAUGUACUCGGCGCGGACUCAGUUGUACAUCAAUACAAGUUUUUACAACUUGAAUUCACCCUUGUCAGAUAAAAGCGUGAUUGGUUGGUCCAAUUUCUCUGCAACACAGAGACAAGAUGCCGUCUGCCUUUAUUCCCAUUGUCCUGCUGGCCGAGGCUACGGGCCUGGUGGUCUUGGGCUUGGUCAUCACGUGGAUGGUCAAAUACCAGGACGGUUUUGCCCUGGAUCGGACCAGCAAGGAGUUCAACCUGCAUCCCGUGUUCAUGAUACUGGGGUUUCUAUUCCUCAAUGCUAAUGCCCUUAUGACCUACCGUGUUCUCGGCAACGCCUUCAACCGGACAGCAGUCAAGAUCAUCCAUCUGCUCUUCCAGGCGUUGGCCGUAGCCUGUGCCUCGUUUGGCCUGUCCUGUGUGUUCCACUUCCAUAACGCUAUGGGCUACGCCAACCUCUACUCUCUGCACAGCUGGCUUGGCAUCACCACAUUUGCGUUCUUCUCCCUUCAGCUUAUCCUGGGCUUUGUGGCGUUCGUCAUCUUUGGUAUCUUUGCCCCUUCAUCCUCGGUGACUUUCCGCAAAGUGUACUUGCAUCUGCACGUGUACGGUGGGGCCUUGAUCUUCAUCAUGGCUGGUGUCACCUCCAUGCUGGGUACCGCUGAGUUCAUCUCCUUCAAAAUCCCAACUUAUGCGACCCUGCCACCACAGGGGGUCCUGGCAAACGUCCUUGGUGCGUUCAUCGCGAUCUUUGUGGCCCUCGUGUGCUACAUUCUCUACAACACCAAAUACAAGGCGUCGGCCGUGCAGUCAGCGAACCCAUAUGAGGAGCAGAUCAACAUUGAGAAGGACUAGGAGAAGUCUGGGGAAUAGACCUACUGCCAUUCAUUUAUAUUAGGAAAAUCAGUCUGGUGCUGCAAGGAUUAGACUGAGGCUGGGUACUAGUCAAGGUCAAUCAUAUACAUAUACAUCGUGAAAUUAGUCUGGUGCUAUACCUCUUUGUUUUUGAAAUUGUCAUUCAUUUGGGGAGUGCGGUAUUCAAGAUUACCUCAUACAUAUUCAU